AUGGGAAAAACCGCUCCUACCUCAUAUUUAUACUUCUUUGUGCAGGGAGGUCUAAUGUGGGAAACACCUUGGAUCCAAUUUUUCCAAUCAUGUUCGGAAAUUCCAGGAGACAAUGAGAUCCAAAACAUGGAAUUAACCAUAAGGGGAAUGGAAAUCGCGUUAACAUCAUGCCCUUUUCCACUGGCCUGGCCUAACUAUGUGGCUAGGUCUGUUAUUGAACAAACAAAACGGUUUUUGGGCAGGGCUAACAGUAGCCAGUACUUUAGCACAAGGAAAAUUAGCAACAUUACUCUUGCUAAUGCUCAGGCACAAGGAAUUACAUUUGGAUCAGUCUAUGGAGUCUUGGGGUGUUCUGUUUUCCAAAAAAUCGAUAACUUAAGAUUCUUAGCUCUUCUCCCUUGGAUCAUUUUCAGCAGUUUUCUAAAACAUAGCCGGAUUUAUGGCCCAACAGGAGGAAUUUCCGCGCUAUUAGGAGCCGUGAUGAUCUUAGGACGAAAAAAUUAUGGCCCUCUCAACGAAUUUGCCAUCAUAAGACUAUUAGCAGCCGUGAUGAUCUUAGGACGAAAAAAUUAUGGCCCUCUCAACGAAUUUGCCAUCAUAAGACUAACAGAAACUUUUAUUGGACUGUCUUGUUUCAUUGUGGUACAGUUUAUACUGUACCCGAAACGAGCAGCCAAUCUUGCUAGGAAUCAAUUGCAUUGCACAUUAAAUAUUCUCAAAGAGUGCAUGAACGAAAUAGUUCAAAAAGACAAUCAAGAACUUCAGGGGUUAAUGGAAAAACAGAGGAAAUUACAAUCCAAUAUCCUGGACUUGAAAAAAUUCUGUCUUAAUGCAGAAUUAGAGCCUGAUUUUUGGUUUCUUCUUUUUAAUGCAACACGCUACCAGAAGCUCCAAGAUUCUCUUUCAAAAGUAGACGAUUUAUUUUUCUUCGUUGUCUACAAUAUCAACAACAUGUCACAUGAUUUUCAAAGCGGUGGUGUUGAUUGCAAAGAGCUACAAGAAUAUAUAAAUGAUGAAUUGGAGAUAUGGAAGGAAACUGUGAUUUCGUCGAUAAGUACAUUUCUUGAUAAGCCUAGUUUGAUCAAGUUGUUCCCAGAUGAUGAUCUUGAGGAGGGCAAAUUUGGUAAAAAAAAUGAUCAAAAAGAAGAAAGAGGAUUAAGUUUUUGCUUUGAGAGAUCAAUAGAGGUGAUUGAUAGAAUAUUGAGUAGCCAAGAAAAGGAGGAGCUAAAAGGAAAGUCAAUUAUUUCAUUGUAUGCUUUGGGAUAUUGUAUAAGCAGCAUGUUGAAAGAGAUCAAAGAUAUUAAAAUGGCUAUGAAGGAAUUGGCACAGUGCGAAAGGUAG